CAAAAAAAAAAAGGUACAUCUUAAUAAAUGUGAUAAGGAAAAUAAUCUCCCUCCCAAAUCACAUUUAUAUGCUUGGUAGAAUUUGACCACAGACCGUACGUCUAAAGCUACGAUGCCUACCCAAGUUUUUCUUUUAUCAACGUUAAAAGGAGAACCAAAUCAUUAGAAGAGAUCAUCUUUUUACAAUUUUUAUCAUACAUUUGCGUGUACCAUGAACAUGUUACAUUUAAGUAGAGAUGACCAACAAUACGGGCCAAUCUAGCCCAGCCCAUCUCGUGGCCCGUGUGGGUCGAGCCCAAUAAAAGCCUGGGUCAACUCGCAUCGAACCGUGAAAUUGGUGGGUUGAUCUUGGGCCGAAUUUUUUGAACUCAACCCACGAAUGUCCGCUACUAGCCCAUGAAUCGGACCAGUCCAACCAAAUAAUUAUCCAAAUUGUGUAUAUUUUUUACUCAAAUUGUAUAUAUUUUGAUCAAAUUGCAUAUAUUAUAAUUCAAUCAAAUUAAAAAUAAUGAAAUUAUUCAUUAAUAUUAAUAAUUAUAUAUAGUUUAAUUAAUUUUAAAGGUUUUAUAUAACAAUAUAUAAUUUUGAAAAAAAAAAAUAAAAAAAUUCUCAUUCCGCAUCGCUAGCCGGUCCAGUUCACUAGGCCCACGAAUCACCAUAAUCAUUCCCCGAACUGUGAAAACCAACAACAGAUUGGCGUUGGCCAAGAUUUUUCAACUCAUGGACUAGCUCGUCCAAAAUUUCACGGUCCGAUCCUAGGUCGUGAAAUCUCAUCCUGGCCCACCCAGCUCUCACUAGUUGCCAUCUCUAUAUCCAAGACUAUUUUUUUUUUCUCAUUUUUCAUUUGAAAUAAUCCAAAAAUGAGUAAAAUAUAUUAAAAGGAUAAUUAAUUAUUCCAAAUGAGCAAAAAAUAAUCUUAAAUGUAAGACACAAAUGAUACACCCAGAUAUACGACGAAUGAACUCACCAUCCUAUCAAGUAAGGAAGCCUGAACAAAUGUCUCGAGCUCCGUACUUAUAUAUCUAUAUACAAUAAUAAAUAAGGUAGGGCUUCACAAUAUACAACAGGGCAACAAGUUAGCACUACCAGUACACUACUAGUAUAAAAUGCCAUACUACUAUUAACAUUUGUAGAGUUUUUAUUCCAAAGAAUCAAAAAUCUCUCCCUUUUCUCCCCACUCUCAUAACUACUUUUAUUAUUAUCAAAUGGCGGUUCAAAGAGUGAAGAUGCUCAAUGGCCGCAAAUCAUCCUCAACACUUGUUAAAGAACACAACAAUGUUGAUGAUAAUAAUAAUAAUAACAACAAUGUUAAUGAGAUUAAGGAGUUUAAUCCAGGUUCUCCUCCACCAUUCAAAAUAGCAGAUAUUAGAAAUGCAAUUCCAAAACAUUGUUGGGUGAAAAACCCUUGGAAAUCCAUAAGUUAUGUUGUUAAAGAUAUUGUUGUUGUUUUUACAUUGGCUACUUGUGCUUCUUUCUUCAACAUUUGGUUUCUUUGGCCUCUUUAUUGGGUUUCACAAGGUACCAUGUUUUGGGCUCUCUUUGUUCUUGGCCAUGAUUGUGGGCAUGGAAGUUUUUCGAAUAAUCCCAAGUUGAACAGUGUAGUAGGCCACUUGCUUCACUCUUUUAUUCUUGUACCAUAUAAUGGAUGGAGGAUUAGUCAUAGAACUCAUCAUCAAAACCAUGGUCAUGUUGAGAAUGAUGAAUCUUGGCACCCAUUGUCCGAAAAAAUGUACAAUAGUUUGGACACUAUGACAAAGAAGUUAAGGUUCACCUUUCCAUUUCCAUUGCUUGCAUAUCCAAUUUAUCUGUGGAGAAGAAGUCCAGGAAAAGCAGGCUCACAUUUCAACUCAGAAAGUGAUUUAUUCACUCCAAAUGAAAAACAUGAUGUUAUGAUCUCUACACUUUGUUGGUCUGCAAUGGCAGCUUUGCUUGUGAGUUUGUGCUUUGUUAUGGGCCCUGUUCACUUGCUCAAACUCUAUGGUAUUCCCUAUGUGAUCUUUGUCAUGUGGCUGGACAUGGUGACUUACUUGCAUCACCAUGGCCCUGAUGAUCACAAACUUCCUUGGUACCGUGGCGAGGAAUGGAGUUACCUUCGAGGAGGGCUUACAACAAUUGAUCGUGAUUAUGGAUGGAUAAACAACAUCCACCAUGACAUUGGCACUCAUGUUAUUCAUCAUCUUUUCCCACAAAUUCCACAUUAUUAUCUAAUUGAAGCAACAGAAGCAGCAAAGCCAGUUCUUGGGAAGUACUACCGUGAACCAAAGAAAUCUGGACCUAUUCCAUUAUAUUUAAUUAAUGUUCUCUUAAACAGCUUUAAGAAAGAUCAUUAUGUUAGUGAUACUGGAGAUGUUGUCUACUAUCAAACUGACCCAAAAUUGUAGUAGGACAUAGAUAAUUUAAAGGACACUAUAGAAUAUAGAUUAUUUGGGAUCCAAUCAGAUUUGUGAUUAGUCAUAAAUUAUGGAAUUUCAGCCCCAAAUUGUCAUUUAAUUUGGGAUUUAUAGUUGUUAUACUUAGUGAAAUGAGUAUAAUAAGCAUGAUUAUUGUUUUAUGACUAU